GUGACUACAGGAAAUGACAGCUCAGGCACACUUACUCAGUUUUGAACAGUGUCAAAAUGUCAAAACCGUACGAGCAUCUCAUUAAAAUUAUCCUGAUUGGUGACGCUGGAACAAACAAAACCAAAAUUCUUCUCAAGUUUGCCGAUGAUGGACAGCAACAGGGUCAAUUUAUAUCCACAAUAGGAUGUGAUUUUAAGAUACGUGACCUUGAAGCCCAUGGCCAUAGGAUACGACUCCAGAUAUGGGACACAGCUGGUAAUGAGACGUUUUUUACAAUAACGUCUUCCUACUACAGAGGAACAAAAGGAAUUUUCCUUGUUUAUGAUGUAACCAAUGAAAAAAGUUUUCACAAUGUCAAAUCAUGGAUGGGGAAUAUAUCUGAGGUAACAGGAAAAGAUGCUGUGGUCAUUCUGUUGGGGAACAACUGUCAUCUGAAGAAUGAUGAAAGGCAGGUUUCAUGGGAAAGAGGCUAUGCACUGGCAAAGGAAAUGAAUGUUAAAUUUUUUGAAGUUUCAGCAGACACAGGAACAAAUGUAGAGGAAGCUCUGAAAAGUCUCGUGCUAGAUGUUUUAGCAAAGGUUUAUUAAUAUCUUAAAGAACAGUGAUUUGUUGGUGUAACAUUUGUUUGGUGCAAACUGUAGCUCCUGUGAAAAGGAGAGAAACUUUGAAAUCUUAUAAUAUAAUUUAGAUGAUUUAUUCAAAUAAUAAAGGAGGUACAUAAAGAAUUUAUCAAACCUAA